AUGAGCAACCCUCACGCUGGCCCCAUGCCACACGGGUACGGAGCCAACACUGAUCCACGCAUGAUCCAGGCAAUCACUCAGACAAUGAUCGGCGAGUUCCUCUGGAAGUAUACUCGAAAGACUGGGUCUGCAGACAUGUCCACAACACGACACCGACGGUACUUCUGGGUUCAUCCGUACACCCGUACGCUGUACUGGAGUACCCACGACCCCCAAACUGCCGGAAAGAGUGAACUCAAAACAAAGAGUGUGCCUAUUGAAGCAGUUCGCGUUGUUGCGGAUGACAAUCCUUAUCCUCCUGGCUUGCACCACCGUAGCUUGGAAGUGAUCAGCCCUGGCCGGAAGGUCCGAUUCACGGCAUCUACUAGCCAGAGACAUGAGACUUGGUUCAAUGCUCUAUCAUAUCUUCUCUUGAGAGAGACCGACGAGAACCCUGCCGAUCAGGAUAAUGUGACAUUGGAUGACAUCGACGAGUUUAAUCCGGGUUUCCGAUCUGCAUCUCGCACCGCUGCUAGGAUGUCGAUCUCUUCACAGAAGAGCCGCGGAGCCCGACACGCGUCAAAGGUCCCACCUCGAGCCGCCUCGGCUAUGUCUUUCCGAUCCGUUGCUACCUCUGGACGUGCCUCGCCAGCUUUGAGUUCCCCGGGACACACCUCUUUGCAAGUUCCCGACGAACGACAACGCUCUUCAUCCCGGUUCAGUACCAUGCUUAAUGCGUCAAUCCGCGGAUCGAUCACUAGUCUGAAGGGUCGCCAUGGCCAGUCCUCCAGCAUUAACGAUGAGAGCCUUCAGGGGCAGGAGAGCGUCGAGAGUUUUCCACAUGCACACCAUGUGCAUGACGAUGAUGAUAAACUUGAGAACGUCCGUGCCUGCUGCGACGGAAAGCACGAUGUGGGCUCGCUCUCCCGCACCAGCAAAUUCAGCCCGCGGGUGAACCGCAUCCAUUCCCACCACUAA